UGCAAGAAAUUUAUGCGUGACUUUGCCCGAGUCUUCGAGAUUCAGAAAAUGAUCGUUGAUGAACACAGGGCAAGUUUUGACGAAAGGGAUAUAAGGGAUUUCAUAGAUUGUUUUCUAUUAGAACAGAUGAAACGAAACAAGGCAGGAGAAAACCACACUUUCACAGGUAACCCAAUGUUAGCAGAUUUAGAUUUUAAUACAUCAAAUAGAUGUCUCCUAGCACUGACAGACAGGUAAUAAACCUGACUACAGUUUUACUCACAGGCACUUGACGUUUUAAAUAUCUAUAAUAAAAAAAAAUUGUCUUCCUGUAAACAUAAUAUUGACAAGGUAUACCACGCCGCCAUCUUGGGUUUCGUUUUUACCAGCUGCAUCGCUUGAAAAUUUCGGCGAAAAGUUCGAUAUAAUACAAUAAUUAGAACCCUACCAUCUAGCAACAACUCUGUCAAUAUAUUAUCUCUCGCAUCGUUAUGGAAAACUCGAAAUAAUGUCCAUUAAUCAGAUUUAAUCAAGCAUCAACUAUCGUCUACUGCUUCUCAAAAUGCGAUAACUCCUGAUCUAGGGACGGAAGUUGACAUCAUUAUGCAAAUGGGAAUUCCCUUUCUGGUCUAGUCUCUCUGACGCUUGUGCGGGAAAAGAAAAACAAAAAUGGCGCUAAAUGCAGGGCAGUUUGCAGCUCUGCAAAUGAUAAAGGAUGGGCAUAAUUGUGUGGUUCUAGGACAGGCUGGCACGGGGAAGUCCUUUUUAAUAAGAUAUAUUCUUCGAAGCCAGCCUACUAAGAACAUUGCCGUGACCGCCAGUACUGGAAUAGCUGCACGUACAUUAGGGGAGGCGACAACUGUUCACCAUUGGGCCUAGAUAGAAUGUUCUAUCGCUAAAAUGAUAAUGUCCUACGGACCCGAUUUAACCCGAUGUGGUGAGGGCCUGUCCCGAGACACAGUUAGAUUAUUCUAACUACAUUGGGCCGGACUCGGUGACGGCAGGUAUGGAUAUCAACAUCUUCUACAGAUCCUUUCGGAGGAGACAAUAUAUCGGAUUAAAACCUGCCAAAUGCUCAUAAUUGAUGAGAUAAGCAUGAUCAGCAAAAAGGUCUUUGAACAGCUGGAGUUUGUAUGUCGAAUGGUGCGUGAUCCCAGCCUCUACUUUGGUGGAUUGCAGGUUGUAUGUUUUGGAGACUUUUUCCAACUACCCCCCGUCCCAAAUGAUCUGUACAGGGAUGCUGGGCAACAUGCAUUCAUGUCUGCUGUAUGGGAAAAGACCAUUCCACACAUCCUGUAUUUAAAAACAGUGAUUCGACAAAAAGAAAGUUCCUUGAUUAAUGCCAUAAAUGAGCUAGCAAGAGGUGAGCCAAGUGUUGGAACAAAUCACCUAAUGGAUAUGUUAGAUCGGCCUUUGAAAACCAGCUCUACAGCAUCCGACAGAUCUGUUAUAUUUGGGACAAACUUUGAAGUUGACUGUCACAAUGCCAAUGAAUUGAGUAGAGCAACAGGAGAGCUCAAGACAUAUUCAUCAGAAGAUGAAGGGGAUCAAAAGUACCUUCAGAAAAUAACAGCAAAUAAGAAGUUGGUGUUGAAGGUUGGAGUGCCAGUAAUGCUAUUGAGGAACCUUUCACAUUCUCUUGUAAAUGGAUUGCUUGGAAAAGUUGUACUUUUAGAAGAUGAUGGGCCGAGUGUGCAAUUUGAAAAUCAAGUAGUGAAGCUUAAGAAACUGGCAUUUAGUGUAUUUGAUCCAUCACAAUGUAGGACCAUUGCACAAAGACAGCAAUAUCCAAUUCAAUUAGCCUUUGCUUUGACCAUUCACAAAUCCCAAGGUCUGACUUUGCCACAUGUUAUCGUCGACUGCAAGAAUAUUUUUCAGGCAGGUCAAUUGGGUGUUUCUGUUGGACGAUGCACAAGCCUAGAUGGUCUAUGGGUAAAAAAUUACUCUCCCAAAGUAUGCAAGCCACAUCCAAAGGCAGUGACAGAAUAUUGUUCAACUCAAGGAAUUCCUCCAUCCAAUGACCAUUCUUGUUGUCAAAAGGAAAGUCAUCCCCAAACUGCAGUACAGGACUUACCACUACUGUCCCAGAUCACCCUAACCCCUCCCUCUCUCCAGCUGACCCCAGAAUUUGACCCCCAUCACACCACAUACAAAGCGCAGACAGACUAUAACACGAUUGUCUUCUCUGUAACUGCAAGAACCAAACACUGUAACACUACAGCAAGAUUCCAUACUUCUGAUGGAGAUGAAAGCUCUAUGACGUACACCCUCGGUCUGGGAGAGAACAGUGUUAAGAUCCACGUAGUUAUGAAGUCCAAUAGAGAACCAAAGUUCAUCAACACGUACCUUAUUUUGAUUUGGCGACAAGAAAGGGGAAUCCCCCAAUUUCGCCCCUCUCUACGAGUCUGUCAUCUGACACAGGAUUGUGAGCUGAAGUACUCUCCAAGAGAAAGUUGUGGACUGACUGCAGUAACCAAAUACAGAUCCUGGAGACUCUAUCUGAAGCAUAGAGAUCAACUUCCUGUCUGUCAUCAGUCUGAUUAUCGGCAAGCUUCGUGGUUUGUUCCGUGUGAAGACUGUAAAAAUCCCAACUCAUGUCACUGGAGGAGUGCCAUGUGGCAGCCAGAAGUCUGCCAAUCCAAACAUUUGAAUGACCUCGACAUCAGCACCUGCUUCAGGGGCCGAAAGUUGCUUUUUAUAGGGGACUCAACCAAUCGGGGAAUCAUGCAUUACAUUCUGGAGAAGAUUAACGGUUCUAUUACGGAAUGGGACAAAACUCAUAACCUCAAACUCUAUAAAAGUACCAAUGGCAACCAGACUGAUCUCAGCUACACAUAUUACCCACAAUUCUGGUUACCUACCAAUCACAGACCUGCAUUUGACAAGGCAAUAUAUCAGCUCAUCAAAUGGGAAAAUUUAUCUCACAUUAAACUCAUCAUCAAAGGAUUGGGGUCCGGAUUCCAUCAGCAUGUAAAUGGUGUCCACUACUUACCAGAAGCAGACUUGCAGAAAGUUUUACUGAGAGAAGAGGAAUUAGAAAGACAUGGCAAAAAGCUGGGUUUUGAAUUCAUCAAAACAUUUAAAAUGACAAUGGCCAGAUUUAAAGAUUUUUUACAGGGGAAAUGUGCUUGCCAUUUUCAUAAGUUAGCAGAGAUGAAGAAUACCGGCCUCAGUAGACCGAUUUACCAUGUUGAAGGUGAAAUCAAUGCAGUCUACUCACAAAUGAUUAUCAACAGCAUAUGUAGGACAUGAAAAAGACAGGAUCGAGGACAAAUAUACACCUCUCAGUCUGUCUGUCUGUUGAUAUUGUCCAGGGUUCAGAUGCCAUCCACUAAAUAUUUACUAGAGACGAAAGAAACAUAGGUGUGAUUUCCUAGCUGCUAUACUCUACGUAUUAUGUUGUCAUUCAAGCUUACUAAAACAUGUACAUGUACACAUAAGAUAUGUCAUAUAAUAUGAAAUACUCAACGACAAAGGAAAGGCAUUUAAACAAUGUCCAUCUAUUGUUUGUGAGACGGGUUAUAUAUGAGGUACAUAUAUAUCUUGUGAAAGGGGUUAUAUAUGAGGUACAUGUUUGUAAGAGGGGUUAUAUAUGAGGCACAUGUAUUGUGUGUGAGAGGGGUUAUAUAUGAGGUACAUGUAUUGUUUGUGAGAGGGGUUAUAUAUGAGGUAUAUGUAUCGUUUGUGAGAGGGGUUAUAUAUCAGGUACAUGUAUUGUUUGUGAGAGGUUUACAUAUGAGGUACAUGUAUUGUUUGUGAUGAGAGGGGUUAUAUCCGAUGUAUAUGUAUUGUUUGUGAGAGGGUUUAUAUAUGAGGUACAUGUAUUGUUUGUGAGAGAGGUUAUAUAUGAGGUACAUGUUUUGUUUGAGAGAGGUGUUAUAUAUGAGGUACAUGUGUUUGAGAGGGUUUAUAUUUGAGGUACAUGUGUUGUGUGUGAGAGGGGUUAUAUAUGAGGUACAUGUAUAGUUUGUGAGAGGGGUUAUAUAUGAGGUACAUGUAUAGUUUGUGAGAGGGGUUAUAUAUGAGAUAUAUGUAUUGUUUGUGAGAGGUACAUGUACGGUGCAGCUUGAGAUUGCACACAAAUAUUGACUGGCACUGAUAAUGUAAUAAAACAUUUGAUAUUUUGUGUUGAUGACUGUUCGCUAAAGACAGAAAAUAUGGCUAGAUAUGUUGCUGUAAUUCUGUUUUCUGGUGAAGAGCUAGUCCAUAUGUGUUCAUUUGUUAAUGAGUAUCAUUAUAUUUCUGUAAGGUGCGUGUGUCCUGUAUUAAACAUACUAGAUACAUAUAUUACCGGGUUCACUAUGUAAUAGAUUAAUUACUGCUACAACAGGCAGUAUCUCUUUAUACAGGUGUUUGAAUAUUAACUACUCAUGUAUGCCUUGUAUGAACAUUUCAAAGAACAAAAUACUCUGUAUUUAAAUAUACAUUUGUUAUCAUUUAUGAAAGUUUAAUAAAAUGUUUUCAGAAAUUCAG